AUGCUAGACCUAACCACCACUAGUGCAAUUCCUUCAUCUAGUCCAAUAGUGACUCUCGAAGACGCUCAGCGAGCUCUCACCACAGCUGCAGAGCCCCGCGAAUCGCGCCGCGCAGACAAGCUCGUACGCUCCGUCAAUGAUGCAGGACAGGCUUCUAGUAAUAGUGAUGGUCUGAGCGUCCUCCUGGACGGAGUCGACUCGCUUGUCCACAGCCUACCUCCGCUGGUGCGCGCGCUCGAUGCCGUGGCCCAGAUCCAUCCAUUCCUCGCCAUUGCUGUGGGUGCGUUUAAGGUUGUUGUCGAACUUGAGGUAAAACGGCGCGACAAUGACAAGAAGGUUACCCUUCUUUUCCUCGAGAUGAGGAAUAUGAUGGCCGCGCUUCUGCAGUUACAGGGAGUCCGCAAGGGCCAUGUCGCCCGCGACGGUCUCACUAUCAAUAUUCGCCUCAAGGAGGCGUCGGAAGAUGCCGCUAGAGAUAUUAAGGAGUGCGCGAACGCCUGCGACGCCUACUCGCGCAAGCGCCUGCUCGUCAAGGUCUUCAAGGCACCCAGCUGGGACGGGACGCUCAAGGAGUAUAUCCAGCGGUUCAACGACCGCAAGGGCGAGUUCAACUUCGCCAUCUCCAUCCAUACUGGAAUUGGCAUCGACGAUGCGAACGACAAGCUGGAUGUGCUGCUAACAAAAAUAGAGAUCGUUGUUGAGUUCUUCGAAAAGGUGGUUUCACGCGAACAACAAACACUCGCAGACGCCAUCCGUCAAGGAGGCGGAACGCAGGCCGUACUCGGCAAUCCUCGCAUACUGCAAGAACUCCUUCGCAAGGAGCAGCUCCUAGAAGGCGGCCAACAGCCUACCUCUGAUCCCCCUGGCGCCCCUCGCAUUCCCCCGCCGGCUAGACCGGGACUUUUCGCCCCGUAUCCUGGGUCUGCCUUCGUCCCCCCAUAUACAGGACCCAUUUCUAUGGGGUACCCCGGGCAAAGUUCUGGCGAUACGACGUACCUGCCUACGCCUAUCAUCCCCUCGUACCAAGGACCACCUGGCAUUCCCGCAUACCCAGAACCGCCUGUCAUCCCCUCGUACGUAGGGCCCGCCAUGGAUACUGCCCCUAGCGGGUUGUAUUCCGCCUACUACUACCCCCGCGCGGCCGAGCAUCAGCGAUCGCGCGUGCGGUCUGUCCCACCACGGGGGCCCCGCACUACAUAUGCCACGCCCUACGAUGAGGCAUCGACCUGGCGACCCGACGACCCCGUCCCUCCGGCGACCGAUAUUCCGUUCACAUACAGUGGGCCUUCCUACACCGCCGCGUACGCAGUCGGUAGCCGGCCGGUCCCUGAGGCCUCUACAUCUAACCCAUGGGCGGACUCAUGCGAAGAGGAGGCCCCGUAUCUACCAGUAUUGGAGACGAACUGGGAAGUCGAUCAGCUGAUGGCGGACCUCGCGGACGAGCCUGCGGUCGCCAUCCGCAAGAAUCUCGAGACGUUUGAGCACAGGUUUCUCAUCCAGCAGCAGGAGACUGUAGCGCAGCUGACGGAUGUGAUCGUCCAUGAAGGCGAUCGUGUAAUCAGAACCGUGUUAGACGGUCCACACGAGAAGAUCAUAGACCCAAUCAUGUACGAGAUAUGGAAGGAUAUGCGAUGGCGCGGGAUUGUCAAAGCGCGUCACGUCGUGCUCGCCAUCCACGAUUACUACACGCAGCGGCUCGAUGAUCAGCAGCGUGCCCUCGACCGCCGCUCGCAGCAGCAGCUUGUUAUCAGCGAGAACGAGCUAUGGGCGCUCGAGUACAUCGACCUCAUGCACCUACAUCACAUCAGCGAGGCUCUAGACAGCGACUCCUCCGGCUUCGUCACCAUUCAAGAAGUCAAUCGAUUCACGGUUUCUCGGCCCCGCGGAUGGAGCCUUCUGCGAUGGUUCGCGUACUGGGCAGUCGGCUGGCAGGCCUCGAUGACGGAGUAUCGGCGCAAGAUCUGGGCGCUCCUCACACUCAUGCACCAAGCCCAGCCUCUCGUGCGCUCCCGUCGCGAUGCGGCGGCCUCCUACCUUUCAACAGUCACGUCUCUGGUGCAGACCAUGACCGACAAUUUCCGCGAGGACACGCAGCUUCACCGCGUUAGCCGCCACUUUCAGGAGUAUACCACUCAGGAGGAGGCACGCAUCAGCAAAGGCCUGCAAACGGCGAAGUACGAUCUGGAUGCCUUGGAUACCCUGGCACUCAUCAGCGGCUCGCGGUGGGGCCUCGAGCGAAGUCUCUUUGUUAUCCUAUAUCUUCUGCUGCGCCGACACUACGACAUCAUGCGACUCGCGCAGACAGUCAUCCUUCACCCCGAUGAGCUCUCAGACGCCGCGGAGACUAUGACGCUUGUGCAGGACGCAUUCAACUAUCGGGUGCAGGUCAUUACAGGUUUACUCGCCCAACGACGGCUGAAUGUUCAUCUUGAACUCGGCGAUUUCGCAUGUGGCAUGCUGUCGCCGUCAUUCACGAAGUACUUUGGUUCGGCCUACAUACAACGGAUAGCUGCCGAAAGCCACGGCCUCGACGAAACUACACGCACUCCACCGCAGGCCACGAUAUUGAAGUAUCCUCCCCAUUUCGAGAACUUCUAUCCAGAGAGCGACGAUGGCGUUGAGAGCGAAGGCACAGAUAUCAUAGAAGACCUGAGACCUCUUCUCGGUUACUGGGUCGCUUCUCGAACACACGAAGCAGACAAAACCCUGCACCGUGACGUCUUCACGUUCACCUUCCACAUUUCGCCCGCAGACUCCAGCAAAGUCGUCGCCAUCUCCCGGCUCCUUCAAUCGCGGCUGUGCACCGUGCAAACGACAACGGGCGAAGUUCUGGAAGUGACUGCCGGCGGCCAGCGCACGUACCUCAUCGCGACCACCUGCAACAGCGGCGCGGUGGCCCCCAGCUACUUCAAAGCAACGUUAGACGCAGACGGGACGACGCUCGUCGGGGAGCAAGACGUCUCAGCCGCCUUCACAACCCCAGGUCCCAAGCCGUACGUCGUAUUCAAGAAAGGAGUGUCCCCCGAAACCAUGCUCUUCUACCCCACGCCCUCAGCUCUCGCGAAGAAUAAACCUGCCGCUCUCUGGCGGUUCGCACUCGACGCCGUGCUCUACGACGUCCGCCGCCGCCUGUUCUCGUGGGACUUCCUUCGGGAGCGCAGGGGUCGCAAGCAGCGCCUAGCCUCCCUCCUGCACGCCGUAUCUUCCAAAGGCACCGCGCUCCCCUCCGACGACGCUGCAGAGUGCACACGGCUCCUUGGGCUCGCGACACCCGCGGAUGUGCAUUUCUGCGCGCACGCGGCGCUGGAGCCAGACAAGUUCCCGUGGUUGCUGCUCCCGUGCGGGACGUGCGGUAGGGUACUGACGUCAAAGUCGAGCACAUAUUGUUCGGCUUGUAAACCAGGCGUUUUUCGCCAGACGGAUGUACAUGCCUCCAGCAGCCCGUGGACAUGUCUCAGGCCUGGCAGAUGCGUCAUCUGCUAA